AUGGUGAUUGGUGACCUCACCAUUCACGAUUACUGUCAGAAGCUGAAGUCAAUUGCGGACCUCCUAGCUAACCUCGACUCUCCUGUUACUGAUCAAGCUCUCGUCAUCCAUCUCCUCAAUGGUCUCUCUGACAAGUUUGAUGACAUUAUUAAUGUUAUCAAACACAAGUCCCCAUUCCCUGGAUUCCUUGAGGCAAGAUCGAUGCUGACCAUGGAGGAAAAACGACUUUCUAAACAGACUUCCUCACUACCUCUCUCGACUGCUUCUGCUCCCGCUCUACUUUACACGGCCUCUGAUCAAUCUCGCUCUUCCAACAACAACAACGGCAACACCACCAGUGGCUUCAACAACAACCACCAGUGGCUUCAACAACCACAACCACGGCGGCUACAACAAUAA